GGAUGGGCACGGAGAGCCCGGAGCCGAGGCUGGAGAGACCAGCGGGGGGACGGGUCAGGAUGGCGGAGCUGACAAGAAGGCUUUCGGUCUUUUAUCAGAGGAGCACGGGGAGCACUGUAGGGCUGACAUCUGAUCUGACAUGAUCAGAUUUACGUUUUUAAAAGGUCACUUUGGCGGCAAUUCAUGGAACAGCUUGAGGCAACAGAGUGAAAGCGACUAGAGCUCUGUGAGCCCACGCUGGGCCCGCACUCCUUCCUGGCCCCUGCUGGGUCCACUUUGGCCCCCUCCCUGCAGGCAGGGGUGGGGUGGACCCUCGCUCUGCCCAGCCACCCGAGCUUCCUGUCCAUUCCUCUAGCCUCCAACCUGGGGACACGUGAGCCCUGAGGCCACUCAGUCAUGGAAAGCGUUGGCUCAGGCCACCAGCCCCUCGGAUGAGGCCUCUGCCUGCGGCUCCGCAGAUGAUUCUGAAUCAUGGAGGUGAAGAGGACGCCUCCAGCCAGGAGCCCUUGUUGACAGUCGCGGCCCAGCUCAGCCAGCUCUUCCCGCCGCGGUGUUCCAGAGGGGCGCCUGCCCCCCCCAGCCCGGAGCCUGGGAGCUGCAGCUUCCCCGGAUGGGGCGGUGGGGCCUCGACGUGGCCUUUGUGUGGAAAGCGCUCUUGACUCUGGGGCUGGUCCUCCUCUACUACUGCUUCUCCAUCGGCAUCACCUUCUACAACAAGUGGCUGACGAAGAGCUUCCACUUCCCACUCUUCAUGACGAUGCUGCACCUGGCCGUGAUCUUCCUGUUCUCUGCCCUGUCCAGGGCCCUGGUUCAGUGCUCCAGCCACAGGGCCCGCGUAGUGCUGAGCUGGACAGACUACCUCAGGAGAGUGGCUCCCACAGCACUGGCAACGGCGCUUGACGUGGGCUUGUCCAACUGGAGCUUCCUCUACAUCACCGUCUCGCUGUACACCAUGACCAAGUCUUCCGCCGUCCUCUUCAUCUUGAUCUUCUCCCUGAUCUUCAAGCUGGAGGAGCUGCGUGCGGCCCUGGUCCUGGUGGUCCUCCUCAUCGCCGGAGGCCUCUUCAUGUUCACCUACAAGUCCACACAAUUCAACGUGGAGGGCUUUGCCUUGGUGCUGGGGGCCUCUUUCAUCGGUGGCAUCCGCUGGACCCUCACCCAGAUGCUCCUGCAGAAGGCGGAACUCGGGCUCCAGAACCCCAUUGACACCAUGUUCCACCUGCAGCCACUCAUGUUUCUGGGGCUCUUCCCUCUCUUUGCCAUAUUUGAAGGUCUCCAUUUGUCCACAUCAGAGAAGAUCUUCCGUUUCCAGGACACCGGGCUGCUCCUGCGGGUGCUGGGGAGCCUCUUUCUUGGAGGGAUCCUCGCCUUUGGUCUGGGCUUCUCUGAGUUCCUCCUGGUCUCCAGAACCUCCAGCCUCACCCUCUCCAUUGCUGGCAUUUUUAAGGAAGUCUGCACUCUGCUGCUGGCAGCCCACCUGCUGGGGGAUCAGAUCAGCCUCCUGAACUGGCUGGGCUUCGCACUCUGCCUCUCGGGCAUCUCCCUGCAUGUGGCUCUCAAAGCCCUCCACGCCAGAGGUGACGGUGGCCCUAAACCCUUGAAGGGGCUGGGCUCCCACCCCGACCUGGAGCUGCUGCUCCGGAGCAGCCGGCCAGAGGAGGAGGACAACGAGGAGGAGGGGGAGUACUUUGUGGCCCAGGGGCAGCAGUGACAAGCCAGGGGACUGGCGGGGAACCAGGCUGCUCCCAGGCCUCGCACCUCACUGUAGCCCGGGAGCAGGGGCCUGGGACUCUCCCAGGCUGGGCCUCGGGGAGCACGGGACCACGUGGCGGGGCUCCCGCAGGUCACUGGUGCAACCGAGGGGGGAGCGUCGGGCCACAGCAGGGCCCAGAUGUGCCCCGCUGGCCAAGGGAGCGGGCUGGUCUCCGCGGCUUGCUAGGCGCUGACAGCCCAGGUGGUCAUUUCCAGGGGCAGAGCGGGUUUCUAAGGGGCCGGGUUUAGACUGCGGAGCAGUUGGAAAGGGGAGAUGCUGAGGCUGCAGCCUGGCAUCUCCCCUCGGGUCUGGGGCGUGUCUUUUCUCAGUACAGGUCUAUUUAUAGUUUGGAAAUAAAGGAUUUACAGUCCACUGGC